AUGCCACUGGGACUAGGGCGGCGGAAAAAGGCGCCCCCUCUAGUGGAAAAUGAGGAGGCCGAGCCAGGCCGGGGUGGGCUGGGCGUGGGCGAGCCAGGGCCCCUGGGCGGAGCGGAGGCAGGGGGCCCCCAGAUGGGCCUGCCUCCCCCGGCCCUGCGGCCCCGCCUCGUCUUCCACACCCAGCUGGCCCACGGCAGCCCCACUGGGCGCAUCGAGGGCUUCACCAAUGUCAAGGAGCUCUAUAACAAGAUCGCCGGGGCCUUCCGGCUGCCACCUGCUGAGGUGAUGUUCUGCACCCUCAACACCCACAAAGUGGACAUGGACAAGCUCCUGGGGGGGCAGAUCGGGCUGGAAGACUUCAUCUUCGCCCACGUCAAGGGGCAGCGCAAGGAGGUGGAGGUGUUUAAGUCGGAGGACGCACUGGGGCUCACCAUCACUGACAACGGGGCUGGCUACGCCUUCAUCAAGCGUAUCAGGGAGGGCAGCGUGAUCGACCACAUCCAGCUCAUCCGCGUGGGCGACAUGAUCGAGGCCAUCAACGGGCAAAGCCUGCUGGGCUGUCGGCACUACGAGGUGGCCAGGCGACUCAAGGAGCUGCCCCGAGGCCGCACCUUCACGCUGAAGCUCACAGAGCCCCGCAGAGCCUUUGAUAUGAUUGGCCAGCGUUCAGGAGGUGGUCGCCCGGGCUCUGGCCCCCAGCUGGGCACUGGCCGAGGGACCCUGCGGCUCCGAUCCCGGGGCCCUGCCACAGUGGAAGAUCUACCCUCGGCCUUUGAGGAGAAGGCCAUUGAGAAGGUAGAUGACUUGCUGGAGAGUUACAUGGGCAUCAGGGAUACCGAGCUGGCGGCCACCAUGGUGGAAUUGGGGAAGGACAAAAGGAACCCAGACGAGCUGGCUGAGGCCCUGGACGAGCAGCUCGGUGACUUCGCCUUCCCUGACGAGUUCGUCUUUGACGUCUGGGGCGCCAUUGGGGACGCCAAGGUCGGCCGGUAUUAGGCCAUCCUCUGGACCUUGCAGUGACCCAGGCCUAGCCUCAUGGGGAGCCCAGAGGGACCACUGUACUCCAGACCCCAGCCCGUGGGUGGUGAGGAGCAGAGGUGGGGCCAGGCCCCUGCCCCACUUGAAUCGGUACCA